GCCCCGCCAACCAAAAGCCUGCUCGUCGGCGGCAAGCCGGCAACGCAACGUGUCACGGCCUCACAGCGCGUUUGCUAUGGCCGCCUAGGGGGGUGUCGGCGAUGGGUACCGCGGCGAAUCCUCCACUGCUGUCCCUCCAACCGCAACACCAGCAGCCGGGCCUGCUCCGCCUGGUGGACGAGCUCUGCGCGUCAGGCCGCGCCGCCGAGGCGCACCACCGCGCCUCCCUCCUCCUCCUCUCCACCGCGUCCCGCCUCGACGGCCGCGCCGCCAACGCCCUCCUGCGCCGCCUCCUCCGCGCGCGCACGCCCCUCCUCACGCUCCGCCUCGUGCAGGCUGCCGCGAUCGUCCCUUCGCUCCCCAACCACAACCGCCUCCUCGGCCUCCUCUGCCGCGCCGCCGAUCUGCCGCCGAUCCCCGUCCUCCUCGCGCACCGUCUCCACCUCCGCAUGCGCGUGGCUCCCAAUGCUGCCUCCUACGCCGCGCUCCUCGAUGGCUACGCCCGCGUCCCCGACCCCGGCGCCGCGCAGAAGCUGCUCGACGAAAUGCCCCAAUGCGGGCUGGUCCCCAGCUCCCUCGCGCGCUCGUUCCUCGUCAAGGCGCUCCUCCGCGCCCGCGACGUUGAUGCCGCCAUGGACGUCGUCCACAACCAUCUAUGGCCGACCAUGGCUGCCACGGAUGGCCAUCAACUUCGAGAGGACCAGGUGGUUACGAACGCAGCGUUCGCCAACCUCGUGCAGUGCCUGUGCGCCGAGGGGUUCUUCCAUGUCAUCUUCCAGAUCGCUGAGGAGAUGCCGCAGAGGCGGUGCUACGUGCCUGAUGAGUUCGCCUACGCGCAGAUGAUCGACUCGUUAUGCCGAUCGGGGCAGCACCAUGGCGCAUCCAGGAUAGUGUACAUCAUGAGAAAGAGGGGUUUGUGCCCAAGCGCAGUCUCCUACAACUGUAUUGUUCACGGGCUGUGCACCAGCCCAAAGCCUGGGGCGUGCCUGCGGGCGCACCAGCUGGUGAUGGAAGGCACGUCUUUUGGGUAUCACCCGAGGGAGGUGACAUACAAGGUGCUUGUGGACGAGCUGUGCCGAGAGAAUGAGCUCGCCAAGGCCAAGGAUGUCCUGGAGCUGAUGCUACAGCCCACCAGUCAGUGUCGCCAGGAUGAGGGUGGAGAUGCUGGCGACGAGACCAGGACAAGGAUAUACAAUGUGUUUCUUGGAGCCCUGCGUGCCGUGGACAACCCAAGUGAGCAACUUGGCGUGCUUGUAUCCAUGCUGCAGUCUGGAUGCAAGCCGGAUGUGAUCACCAUGAACACUGUCAUCCAUGGCUUUUGCAAAUCUGGGAGGGCCCAGGAGGCUAGGAGGAUCCUGGACGACAUGCUCAACGGAAAGUUUUGUACUCCUGAUGUUGUUACCUUCACCAUACUCAUAUCUGGAUACCUUGAUGCCGGUGAUCAUGCAGAAGCCCUCAAUGUGCUGCACACUUUGAUGCCUAGGCGCCGGUGCUCCCCUACUGUUAUCACUUACAAUUGUGUCCUCAAGGGACUGUUUGGCCUCGGGCAAGUUGAUGCAGCAAUGCAGGUGCUUGAGGAAAUGAAUGCCAAUAACGUUGCAGCUGAUUCUGUGACUCAUACUGUGGUGAUCAAAGGGCUCUGUGAUGCAGGGCAGCUCGAGAAGACAAAGGAAUUCUGGGACAACGUCAUCUGGCCAUCAGGUAUACAUGAUAAUUAUGUGUACAGCUCAAUCUUCAGAGGUCUCUGCAAACAGAGGAAACUGGAACAGGCAUGCGAUUUCUUAUAUGAAUUGGUUGAUUGUGGGGUUGCUCCCAGUAUAAUGUGCUACAACAUACUCAUAGACGCUGCCUGCAAGCAGGGAUUGAAGAAGCUAGCAUAUCAAUUAGUUAAGGAGAUGAAAAGAAAUGGCCUAGCACCGGAUGCUGUAACUUGGAGGAUUCUAGGCAAAUUGCAUCACUAUGAAGAGGACGAACAAGAGGAGCACCAGCUUCCGACAGCUAAUGCGGGUGGAAGUUCCGCAGAUGACAGAUUGGAGCCUCUUGUCUUGACUAAAGAGAUGCCUUUGCUUCCACCUUUGUCGUCAUCCAUAAACAUCUAUGAAGUUAAUAGGAAUAAUGAUAGCACUGAUGAGUCUGACGAAGAUGUUGGUUAUUCAACAGGUAUGGCUAAUAAUAACAAAGCUGAGGCCGAGGAAAUUGGAUACUCAACAAAAAUGACUGUGGAGGAACCACCAGAUAAUACUGAUCCAACAAGGGGAACAGCAAUCGACAAGGGUGGUAUAACUUGGGGAGAUGGCCUUAAGAAGCAAGAUAAACAACCUUUAAUAAGAGAACCACUCUCUAGGGUGGCCAAAAGGGUGUUUGGGAUACUGUAGAACAGGUGUUGCUUCUAGUCCUCCCUGAAGACUAGUUUGGAGGGCAAUAAUUCAGCAAACUGAAACUCUUCGGUUAGAUUGUGCUGACAACUGCAAGUUGGCAUACAAUUCUCUGUGUUCGUGAAGAAUUUGUAUCAUUGGAAAUUAAAAUUUCCAGAAACAUAGAAACUCUUUCAACGCACUCGUCGUAUUUCACUAUUACCGGCUGCUCCUGCCUUUGAGAUGCCGUGAGAAGUACCAAGAAUUUGCGCAACUGGAAAGCAUGGAGCAUACAAAAUAUUUUGCCAGACUUUUGCAUUAUGGCAU